CGCGCUCGCUCUCUCUCUUCCUCUUCUCAUCGUCGGCCAUUACUUUUUGGUGGAUCUCGAAUCCGUCGAAAUCUUGGCCUAUAUCGUGCCAUCAUGGCUGAACAAUUGAGUCUACGUGGUACUCUGAAAGGCCAUAAUGGCUGGGUAACCCAAAUUGCAACAAAUCCCUCAAACCCCGACACUAUUCUGUCAAGUUCUCGCGACAAGAAGCUGAUUGUCUGGGAGUUAACUCGUGAUGACGCCAACUAUGGUUUUGCCAAGAAGUCGCUCACCGGUCACAACCACUUUGUGUCGGAUGUGGUUAUGUCCUCGGAUGGCCAAUUUGCGCUGUCUGGUUCAUGGGACAAAACCCUCCGCCUUUGGGAUCUAAAUGCUGGAGUGACAACUCGUCGAUUCGUUGGCCACACCAAGGACGUCCUGAGUGUUGCGUUCUCUGCCGACAACCGCCAGAUUGUGUCUGGUGCUCGUGAUCACCACAUCAAGCUGUGGAACACCCUUGGUGUCUGCAAGUACACAAUCCAAGAGGAGACACACAGUGAGUGGGUGUCAUGCGUGAGGUUCUCCCCCAAUACCAGCAACCCCAUCAUUGUCUCUUCUGGCUGGGAUAAACUUAUCAAGGUGUGGAACCUGACCAACUGCCGUCUGAAGACCAACCACAUUGGCCACACUGGCUACCUGAACUGUGUGACAGUCUCUCCUGAUGGCUCUCUCUGUGCCUCUGGAGGCAAGGACGGCCAGGCUAUGCUCUGGGAUCUGAAUGAUGGCAAGCACCUUUACACCCUGUCUGGCGGAGACAUCAUCAAUGCUAUGACCUUCAGCCCCAACAGAUACUGGCUUUGCGCAGCCGUUGGGCCUUCUAUCAAGAUCUGGGACCUGGAAGGCAAAUCCCUUGUCGAUGAGCUCCGCCCUGAAAUCAUUAACAUGGGUGGCAAGGCCCAACCCCACGACUGUGUGUCUCUUGCCUGGUCCGCAGACGGACAGACACUCUUUGCUGGAUACACAGACAAUCUCAUUCGUGUCUGGCAGGUUACGAGGGGUUGAGUGCAAAUGUAGAGCGAGAAGAAUAAAUGGUGCAAAAUAGUGUAAAA